AUGACGAAAUCAGAAGACGAAGUAAUAAAAGGGUUAUCAGAAGAAGAACAAGAUUCCUCAGAUCGACUCCACACCCUACCAGACGAAGUCCUCCAUCUAAUCCUCUCCAAGAUUACCGACCCUAAAACCCUCCUCAUUUCCUUCCUCAUUUCCAACCGAAUCGCAUCCAUUCUCUCCCAUUCCCAUUCCCUUUCCCUUUCCCUCCAAUUCCCCAUCCCCAUUCCCUACCCCUCCACCAACCGCAAUCCCGCUUCCUCAAACCCCCCUAACACCACCACCAGGUCCCUCCUCAGCUUCCUCACCUUUCCCUUCCGCUUCAUCCACCAGAUCUCCGCCCCCAAGCCCCCGCCUCAGCCACCAUCAGAGCCAAACUCCGCCACCGACGAUCUCUUCCUUCGGUUGAUAAAACUUCUACGCCGAUUCAACGGCGUUCGGUCCCUCCGCAUCGAGCUCCCCUGCUCCUGCCGCAAUUCCGACGAGGUCGAAGCCGGAUUUUCCACUGUGUUCAAGUGGAAGGCCAAAUUCGGACUCCGAUUCGAGAUAUUCAGCUUUCUCUCCCCGAAAUCGGUCACUAAAAUCGAAGAUGAACUAGAACAGGACGGCGAUGCAGAAGAAGAAGUCGACGGAGAUGAUUUGGUCGAGCAAACGCAUUACGAGUUUUUCCGGCCAAAGCGUCACGCAAUGUUAUUGCAUGACCUGAUUCUGCAGCUCAUUGCGCAGCAUCCGAAUCUUCGGGGUGUUGAGAUUGUGGAGUCUGAGAAACACGGGGGAUUAAAACUCGAAGGGGAAGAGCUUGUUAGGGUCAGGAAUGCGUUGGAUUCGACCCCGGAGGCGUUGGACCCGUCGAGCUUUGACCGGUUCCCCGCGCGUUUGAAGAUAUGGUACGUGCCGAGGAUGGAGUUGUCGUCGGGGUUUGUGAUGAAGAAGGUGACAUUAGUGGUGUUUAGAGGUAAGGGAGUCGGUGCGAAUGGAAGUGGUGGGGGGGAGGUGGAAGACAAUGGCGACGCGUUGGAUGGUGGUUUCGAAGGCGACAGAGAUGGGAUUCUUGGGGAAGCUCUGGCUGAGAUUUUGACUAAGCAUCGUUUCAAGGCGAGGUGUUACCCUAUAGAAGAAGAAGAAGAUGCUUGGUAA